UGGUGCGGCUCUAGAGGAGUACUGCGGUAACCGGGACUUUCGCGGAGGGAGAUCAAGUGCUGAAAAGGUAGCUCUGCGUCUCUUCCUUUUUGCCGGUCUUUCACCGCAAGUAUCAGAGAGCAAAGGAAGGAAGCGCACCCCGCGUGAUGCUCCGCUUGAGACCGCAGCAUUUCAUUUGAAAGACGUCUCACAGGGAAACAGAAUAGCCGAACCCUUUUGGAAGGCAAGGCAUUUUGAUAUUCAACGCGAGGGGCUGACACCUCUCAAGCUGUGCAUCACCUGAGAGGAGAAGAGUGACUGCGCCAACAUGGGGUAUGGAAGGUCAGACAGUUACCGAGUUGCCACCACACAGGACAAAGAUAAAUCCCCCAAGAAGAAGAAGGGGGGCAAGGACAUGGACGAGCUCAAGAAGGAGGUUCCUAUUACGGAACAUAAAAUGUCUAUAGAGGAGGUAUGCAGGAAAUUCCAGACUGACUGCGUCCAGGGAUUGACCAAUGCCAAGGCAGCAGAGUAUCUGAUCAGGGAUGGUCCCAAUGCUCUCACCCCUCCUCCCACCACCCCGGAGUGGGUCAAGUUCUGUCGCCAGCUGUUUGGUGGAUUCUCUGUCCUGCUGUGGACCGGCGCCAUCCUCUGCUUCCUGGCCUACGCCAUCCAGGCAGCCACUGAGGACGAUCCUGCAGGAGACAAUUUGUACCUAGGUAUUGUGCUCACAGCUGUUGUCGUCAUCACUGGAUGUUUCUCAUACUUUCAAGAGGCCAAGAGCUCCAAAAUCAUGGAGUCUUUCAAGAACAUGGUGCCUCAGCAAGCGUUGGUGAUCCGUGAAGGCGAGAAGGUGCAGAUCAACGCUGAGGAAGUGGUGGGUGGAGACCUGGUGGAGGUGAAGGGAGGAGACAGGAUCCCUGCUGACAUCAGGGUGGUCUCUGCUCACGGCUGCAAGGUGGAUAACUCCUCCCUAACAGGAGAGUCAGAGCCUCAGAGCCGGUCACCUGACAAUACCCAUGACAACCCCCUCGAGACCCGAAACGUCGCUUUCUUCUCCACCAACUGUGUGGAAGGCACAGCUCGUGGUAUUGUUAUCUGCACCGGUGACCACACAGUCAUGGGUCGCAUUGCCACUCUGACCUCUGGCCUGGAGACCGGAAAGACCCCCAUCGCCAAAGAGAUCGAGCAUUUCAUCCACAUCAUCACCGGCGUGGCUGUUUUCCUGGGCGUUACCUUCUUUAUCCUGGCCAUCGUCCUGGGUUACAGCUGGCUGGAGGCCGUCAUCUUCCUCAUCGGCAUCAUCGUGGCUAACGUGCCCGAAGGGCUGCUGGCUACUGUCACCGUGUGUCUGACCCUGACUGCUAAGCGUAUGGCGAAGAAGAACUGCCUGGUGAAGAAUCUGGAAGCUGUGGAAACCCUCGGCUCCACCUCCACCAUCUGCUCCGACAAGACAGGAACCCUGACCCAGAACAGGAUGACCGUGGCCCACAUGUGGUUCGACAACCAGAUCCACGAGGCCGACACCACGGAGGACCAGUCUGGUGCCUCUUUCGACAAGAGCUCCGUGACGUGGCUGAGUCUGGCUCGUGUUGCUGGUCUGUGUAACCGCGCUCAGUUCAAAGCGGGACAGGACGCCCUGCCCAUCCUGAAGCGUGACGUGGCCGGAGACGCCUCAGAGUCCGCGCUGCUGAAGUGCAUCGAGCUGUGCUGCGGCUCCGUGAGAGCCAACAGGGACAGGAAUAAGAAGGUGGCCGAGAUCCCCUUCAACUCCACCAACAAAUACCAGCUGUCAAUACACGAGACUGAAGAUACCAAUGAUAACCGCUACCUGCUGGUGAUGAAGGGCGCCCCCGAGAGGAUCCUGGACUGCUGCUCCACCAUCAUGGUGCAGGGCAAGGAGCAGCCCAUGGACGAGGAGCUGAAGGAGUCUUUCCAGAACGCCUACAUGGAGCUUGGAGGCCUCGGAGAGAGAGUGCUGGGUUUCUGCCACACGAUGCUCGCAGAGGAUCAAUACCCCAAGGGCUUCGCCUUCGACACGGAUGAUGUCAACUUCCAGACAGACCAGCUUUGCUUCAUCGGCCUCAUGUCCAUGAUCGACCCUCCCCGUGCUGCUGUGCCUGAUGCUGUUGGAAAAUGCCGAUCGGCUGGAAUCAAGGUCAUCAUGGUCACUGGAGAUCACCCUAUCACUGCCAAGGCCAUUGCCAAGGGAGUGGGCAUCAUCUCCGAGGGCAACGAGACCGUGGAGGACAUCGCAGCUCGUCUCAAUAUCCCCGUCAGCCAGGUCAACCCCAGGGAUGCCAAAGCCUGUGUGAUCCACGGCACAGACCUCAAAGAUCUGUCUCAGGAUCAGAUGGACGACAUCCUGAGGAACCACACAGAGAUUGUAUUCGCCAGGACGUCCCCUCAGCAGAAGCUCAUCAUCGUAGAGGGCUGCCAGCGACUGGGUGCCAUUGUGGCCGUGACAGGCGACGGUGUGAAUGACUCUCCCGCUCUGAAAAAGGCCGACAUCGGUGUUGCCAUGGGUAUCUCCGGCUCAGACGUGUCCAAACAGGCCGCUGACAUGAUCCUGUUGGACGACAACUUUGCCUCCAUUGUGACAGGAGUGGAAGAAGGUCGUUUGAUCUUUGAUAACCUGAAGAAGUCCAUCGCCUACACCCUGACCAGCAACAUCCCAGAGAUCACCCCCUUCCUGCUGUUCAUCUGCGCCAACAUCCCCCUGCCCCUGGGAACCAUCACCAUCCUCUGCAUUGACCUGGGAACUGACAUGGUGCCAGCCAUCUCCUUGGCCUAUGAGACCGCAGAGAGCGACAUCAUGAAGCGUCAGCCCAGGAACCCCUUCAGGGACAAGCUGGUGAACGAGAGGCUCAUCAGCAUCGCUUAUGGACAAAUUGGUAUGAUCCAGGCUGUUGCAGGCUUCUUCGCCUACUUUGUCAUCUUGGCUGAAAAUGGUUUCCUGCCCAGUCGACUAGUCGGCAUCAGGCUCAACUGGGACGACCGCUCUGUCAACGACCUGGAAGACAGCUACGGGCAGCAAUGGACAUACGAGCAGAGGAAGAUUGUGGAGUUCACCUGCCACACAGCCUUCUUCGUCAGUAUCGUGGUGGUGCAAUGGGCCGAUGUGAUCAUCUGCAAGACCCGACGUAACUCUGUGUUCCAGCAGGGCAUGAGGAACAAGAUCUUGAUCUUCGGCCUGUUUGAAGAGACAGCCCUGGCUGCCUUCCUGUCCUACUGCCCCGGCAUGGAUGUGGCACUCAGGAUGUAUCCUCUAAAGCCUAGCUGGUGGUUCUGUGCGUUCCCCUAUAGUUUCCUCAUCUUUGUUUAUGAUGAAGUCAGAAAACUCCUCCUCCGUAGGAACCCCGGAGGUUGGGUGGAAAGGGAGACAUACUAUUGAUCGAUGGAGCAUCUCUGCUCAAACCCCCUACAUCUCCACUUAUUUCUCCCCCCCCUCCCCCCUGUCACUUCAUCCCUGGCAAGACACACCUCCAGACGCCCCGCCCUCUUAAAGACAAAAAACGCUUUGAAGCAAUUUUCAUCACAACUGCCCCAAAGAUUAAAAACAGCAAAAGCACCUUUUCAACUUUCUACAUUGACCCUCCCCCCUCCCUUUCUGCCCCCCCCUCCUAUGAUACUCUUUGCAUGUGUUCUCUCACUGCUGUGUACAUAAACCAAUAUAUCUACCAAACGGCAGCUGCAUAUUGUGUAUGUAGAUUUGAAUGAGCUAAGGAUACAAAGGGAGUGUCUACGCUCUGCAAAAAAGGGCCAACCAGCUCCUGCCCCUCCCUGUUCCUCCCCUGCUUUCUCCCCCCCCCCCCACCUUCGUCUGUCUCUAUACCUUCGUCCCCCUCUCUCCUCGCCAACCCUUUGCUUGUCGUCCAAUCACACACAGCUGUAAAGAUCACACAGUGAGACCCCACCGCCGACCCCACCGCCGACACCACCUCGACUGCCACCUCCUGUCUGUGGAGGACCAGCAGGGGGGGGGUCACCUCCCUCCCUGUCCUCCCUCCUCACCCCCUCCAUCCUCCCUCUCUUCCGUUCUCAACGGCCACCGUGUUGUUGUUUUUUUUAAAUAUGUGGGGUACGGGGGGAUUUCGAUGAUUUCUUUUUUUAUUUCCAAGACGGGAGGGGGGGUACGUGAGAGCUGCUUUUCCUCAUUUAGGCCUAACAAAGCACACCCCACCCGUCUCCCCCCCUAUGUCUCUCACAGCCCCCCCCUCCCCUCCCCUCCCCUCCCUCCCGCCCCGUUUGUCUCUGUUUGUGUGCACAGUGUGAACCAUUGUCCUUGUUAAUAACUAUUACAGUACACCCCCCCCCCUCUCCCCUCCCCGCCCCAAGUUGGUGAAUACAACUCAAUCUUUCUGUGUGCUCUAGGAAAUCUAUAUAAUUCUAUACUGAAUUUAAAUGAAACAAUAAAAAAACACAUGUUGAAAAACAGCUCAAGAGAGACAUUCAUGAAAAAUAAGGAAAAAAAAGCUCGAGAUAUGUGUUUCUGUUUUUGGUUUCUGUUCUUUUCUGGCUGUUCCCCAGGGGGCUGUUCUAAAGCUGUAACAGCAGAGCAGAGUUUGAGGUUGUGUUUUUACCAAAAGACACAAGACACCAACCAAGGCUUUCAGGUUCCUGUCGCUGCAGGUAUGAUGUGGUGCAGUGUGCUGUGACGUGGUGAGUGGCGAUGAGGAGACCAUGCGCCUCGGGACUGUUACCGGGUUUGGGUCCAGCUGUGGUUUAGUCCAGGUCCUGGUGCGGCCCGGUCUGGCCCCGGUCUGUGUGCAUGUUUGUGUUGGAGACCAGCGAAGGGCCAGCGGUCUCAGGCUGGGUCUAUCUCAGAUGGCAGCAAGAGAUGAAAAAUUCAAGAAGAAAAAAAAAAACACAACUAGUAGAACAUGUGUGUCAAAUAAAUGAAACAAAACACCAAUAAAACAUCUAGAACAUUUAAUACAA